UCUAAUUUGAACUAAUUUAAAAAGAACCAAAUCUGUUUUUAACUGAUCUUGCUCUCUUGCGUUACUUCCCGGAAACACAAACCUUCGCUCACCAAAAUGGCGACGUUGACUGUGAGCCAGUUACCGCUCAGCGGUUUCAGUUUCGACAAUUGUAAGAGAAACAUAUUUCUGGAAGGUGAACUGAACAAAGUCGGAGGCAGUUUACCUGCAGCUCGGAAAACUGGAACUACCAUCUGUGGUGUAGUUUUUAAGGAUGGAGUUGUGCUAGGAGCCGACACCAGGGCCACUGAGGGCAUGGUAGUGGCAGACAAGAACUGCUCAAAGAUACACUACAUCUCACCCAACAUUUACUGUUGUGGAGCAGGAACAGCUGCAGACACAGAGAUGACCACUCAAAUCAUCUCCUCUAACCUGGAGCUGCAUGCUCUCUCCACUGGCAGACUGCCACGUGUGGCCACUGCUAAUCGCAUGUUGAAACAAAUGCUCUUCAGGUAUCAGGGCUAUAUCGGGGCUGCUCUAGUCCUAGGUGGAGUGGAUUGUAAUGGACCUCACCUCUAUAGCAUCUACCCCCAUGGCUCCACUGACAAGCUGCCCUACGUCACCAUGGGUUCUGGCUCUCUGGCUGCCAUGGCUGUGUUUGAGGACCGCUACAAACCAGACAUGGAGGAGGCGGCAGCCAAGCAGCUGGUGCACGAUGCCAUUGCUGCAGGAAUCUUCAACGAUCUGGGUUCUGGCAGCAACAUUGACCUGUGUGUCAUAACCAAGGGCAAAGUGGACUACAUCCGGCCCCAUGACGAGGCCAACAAGAAGGGUGUGAGAUCAGUUGAGUUUGAAGCCGUGCAGCUAACUGGCGAGUACAAGUAUAAAAGAGGAACCACAGGUGUACUGACAAAGCUGGUGACCCCACUGAACCUGGAGCUGGUGGAGGAGUCCAUACAGACUAUGGACACAUCCUAAAAUACUUAAAUUACAAUGUAACACUCGGUAACUAGCUUCCCUGUAGAAUUCUGUUUCUUUUCAUGGUUUCCAAUAAAAGUGUUUAAGUUGAUAA